AUGUCCACAUUUAAUUCUUCGUCAACUUUACUUAUAGAAGGACCUAAAUUUCCUUCUUAUAAUUUUAUUUCAUCGUCAACAAAUCAAUUUAAAAUAAAUAAUCAAGCAAUUUAUUUAUAUCAUUCAAAUGAUUUGAAAAUCAAUGAUGUUGAUAAUAAUGAUCAUACAAUUAAGACUGCUUAUAGCGUUUGGGAUGCUAGUUUGAUUCUAUCGAAAUUUCUUGAAAAACAAUGUAAUGAAAAUAAAUUGAAUUUUAAAGGGAAAAAAGUUAUUGAAGUGGGUGCGGGUAAAUCUAUACCAUCAAUUGCAUCAUAUAUUUUAGGAGCAAGUUUGGUAACUAUAACGGAUGUACCAAGUGUUGUUCCCGAAAUUGAAAAAAUUAUAACAUUAAAUGGAUUCGAAAAUAAAAAUGUCUUUGCUAAACCACUAGAUUGGAUAAAUAGGAAAGAACAUAUUCCAAUUUUGAUCAAUGAAGGUCCAUGGGACUAUAUCUUGGCUGCUGAUGUAGUUUGGGUAGAUUAUUUAAUUGAGCCUUUAAUUGAUACUAUUAGUGAAUUAUCAACUCCAUCUCACACAACACUUUUUCUUUGUCACCAAACACGAACAACAAGAUCUGAUAAAUUAUUGUUUGAUGCUAUAGAAAAUCAUGGUUGGAAAAUUCAUAAGGUUUCAAUGAAUGAAUUAAAUUUGGCGGAAGAAUUUCGGAAAGAUAAUGUUGAAAUAUAUCGAGGACAAAAGAUUCUUUCAUAA